AUGAGCACGUCGACGUCCGUCUCUUGGAUUCAAUGCAGCGCCCAGCCUAUCAACCUUACUCCCUUCGCUCCUCCGAUCAACGUUACAAUCGACCCAAACGUGGACGGUCUUCCACCACAGGAGAUAGCUGUCGGCGCCUCUCAACCGGUUUUGGUUUACAUCGUCCCCCCAAACAUACCGGCAGGCGCAUUCAUCACUCUCGAGAUAUCGGACACCACGAGGGAUCUUAGAUGGUCUGCGAUCACUAUAACAUCAGAUGGAGAAUCCAGUCAAGAUAGCGAUGGAAGUUGUGAUGUGCACCCGACACCAGCUGGCGGCGCAACUGUAGGGGAUGACGGUAACAGUAUCGAAUGGCCCCAAUGCUCCACCCAGACUUUCGAUCUGACGGCUUAUACUCUCCCUGUCAAUGUCUCCGUCUCCGCUGGCGGUGAUCUAUCCCGAGUCGCCACGAAUGUCAAUGCCAGAGUCUAUCCAAUACGAGUCGCGUAUGAUACGGGCGUACAAGCUACAGUGUAUAUAGACGAUAGCGCCGGGAUACAUCACGAGUACUCGCACAUCGACGUAGUUGAUGGGACUGAUUCAUCUUGCCUGACGGAGGCGUCUAGCACAACAAGUUCGACUGCAAGUACAUGUACCUCAACUCCGCUUUCUCCAUCUUCGGCUGCCAGCACCCCGAGUGCGACUUCGAGCUCUCUCGCUUCGCAACAUAGCUCUCCGACGGCUGCUAUAGCGGGUGGCGCAGCCGGAGGUGGGGCUGCUAUCGCGAUCUUGCUUAGUAUUCUGCUUUUCUGCUGGUGGAAACGCCGGGAGCGUCGUCGUACCCAUGCGAUGGAGAUAGACCCUGCUUUCGGAGCGGAGGCUGGCGAUAACGACGUUGGAGAUCUGCCUUCAUACACUGAUGUUGUAUCACCCACACCUCUUACGAUGUCUGUCUCUGAUAGCGGACGAUCCCCGACGCCUUACGAGGAAACCUUGACCUCCAGCGAUCCUCGGCUUAUCAGACGCGAAAAGAGUCCAACGCAAUCCUACUCUGCGUAUCCACGCCAUUCGCGAGGGGACUCAAGUACAGUCCUACUCUCACCUGCGAGUCCGACCCCAACACUCGUGUUGCGUGCUCAGAAUCCCGACUUUGCGACCACUCUGGACACACCCAGGAAUUUAUCGUGA